AUGACAACACAACGCCCUGUAUCUGAACAAUUUAAUCUUCAGCAAAAACCUGGAUCUAAUCCACAGUAUAGGCAGUCGGCGGACCUUUCUCACUUGAGUCAGCAACCGACGAACCAUAGGACUUCUCGUCCAACUUCCGAAAUAUUCUCCGUCAACAACCAUAAUACAUAUCAAUCACCUGAAGCCGAGGCCAUUGACAAAUGGUUUGAAGAUCUUCAACACUACGAACAAACCCUUGAAGAAAUGGCGACUGCCAGCUUGGAUCAAAAUUUCAAGGAAGAGCUUAGUGCCAUUGAACAAUGGUUUCGAGUAUUAUCUGAGGCUGAACGAACUGCCGCAUUAUAUAGUUUGCUACAACAUUCAACCCAAGUACAAAUACGAUUCUUUAUAACAGUCUUACAACAGAUGGCAAGAAAUGACCCAAUGGGAGCUCUUUUAUCGCCAGCAAACCCUGAGAAAGGUUCGUUGGAUCUGAUGCAGGCACAGUUGGCUGGCGCUAUGGCUAAAGCGGAAGUUGAAGCCAAGUUAGCUGGUAUGUCUCUUAAAUCGCCAACAAGUCCGACAUAUCCACGUCGUUUAUAUGAUCGACACUCAGGCGUCGAAUUCUUAUCCCCUGAAGCCGCUAUUUAUUCGGAUCCAGCUGCGUCUCUUGCGCAACACAGGGCUCGCCUCCAGGCGAAUACUGGAAACCGUAGUGCUUCUUUGUAUUCUCGACCAAAAUCCAUGAUUUCAGAAAGCGAUCAAACAGUUUGGGCACCAAGUUCCGCUACUGGCUCGAAUAACAAUAAAGAUAGAACGAGCAAUGGUCGACCGAAAUCUGCUGAUUUAAGUACACUACCUUGGACCCCAGCCGGUUUUCCAUUACGUUCUCCUCGUUCAGGAGGAACUGGCGCUUUUGACGGUGAAUUAUCUCCGCUUAUCGGUGGAAGUUGGGCUAGUAUGGUUUCAACUCCGGUGGUGCCAAUGUUUGCAGAAAAUAAAAACAAAGCAGCUGCUGAUGUGGAUAUGGUUAGCAAAAAGCUGGCCAAUUUGAGUAAUAGUUCUGGUAAUCGUGUUGUGUUAGAAAAUGAUGUAAAAAAAUUCCGUCGAAAUCAAGGUAAAUCGAAUUCGGGCGUUCCUGCCACCGUUCAAGAAGAGAAAUAUGGUUCAAAUCAAGCAAACAUUGUUUUAUCGAUGUAUGACGCCGACGGGAAUAUUCGUUCGCCUCAACCAUCCCCACUUUCAAGUCCAAAGUCUCUUAUGAGGCAAGGCUCACGCCCAUCUUCGCCUAAUCCUAAUCCAUCUAACUUGUACCCUGUACAUCCUGGUUGGGUUUCAACAACCGGAGGUGGAAAAGGUACUCAUUUGGCACCUCCGAACAUGAUGGGUUAUGGUGAAGAGAACGGUGAAACGGGCGGAUAUCAUAGUGAUCACAGCGAUGCUUCGCAUAACAACAGCACUAAUAAUACUUCGAAAGGUCACGGCAAGGGUAAAAAGAAACAGAACGAUGAUACUGUUGAUUUCAAAUUGUUAGAAGAUAUUCCUGCUUGGCUGCGUAGUCUGCGUUUGCAUAAGUACACACCUGUAUUUGAGGGAAUGAAAUGGCAGGACAUUAUUGAAUUGGACGAUCCUGAAUUAGAGAUGAAAGGCGUAGCAGCACUCGGUGCUAGACGUAAAAUGCUCAAAGAGUUUGAAAAAGUCAAAGCUGCUAUU